CUAUGUGGGUAUCCCAACUGGCAGGGGAUGGUCACCUCGACGCCCAAUCCAACCUCUAGAUCUUUCAUCUACACUAACAUGCCAAACCACUCAAAUCCAUAACCAUCUCAUGCAAAUCCUACAUAGGCAAUCAUGAAAAUCAUAUGGAGAGACAAGUUCAAACCAUAAACAAUAUAGAUAAAUGCCUAUAAAAUCUAGCUAAACUCAUUUCAUUCACAAACCCUAACAAAAUUCCUUGUACAUAGUAAAACCUAAAGCUAGGACUUUGGAAUUAAAGCCCUAGUACCUUGAGUAACUACCCCAUAAAGGGGAAAGAAGAUACAUGGAAGAAUGGAGAAGAAAACUAGAGAUGGGGGAUUGGUGAGAAAUCACUUCCUUCUUGGCUCCUUCUCUUCUUCUCCUUCCCUCAACUUCUCUCUCCAAUCACUCUCUAAAACAAUAAAUUUUACAAGUGUUUUUCAGUUGUCUUUUGAAGGUGAAGGAGUCCCCUAUUUAUAGAUUUCAGGAGGACAGACAAGUUCACGGUUGAGGGCUAGGAGAUCGCGGGGUUGAACUCUGGGUGUCAGGCCGUGAUCUUGAAAUGAAUUAUUUCUGCCAUGGCUGAAUCUGGAGUUCGCGGCCUGACUUCACGAUCGCAAUCCAUGAUUCAUGGUCGCGAUCUUUCUCGCGGUCUUGGACAACUAAGACUACGAGUCGACUAUCCAGCUAUCUUUCCUUGGUGGAUGCUUCCUCAAGUUCACGACUGACACUCCCCAGAUCGUGAGCGCGAUCUUUGCUCCAAAGCCCGUAAUCUUGCUGCUUGACUUCUUUCCUCCUCUUCUCGGCCGUGAUCUCCUUGUUUUGCUCCUUUUCCUACACUUAUGACCCCUUUUGUGCAAAAAACACAAAUAUCAUCUAAUACACCCUAAAUGACAUAAAUUUAUCCGAGGAACAGAUUCGGGAUACAUUGCAUGAAAUAUUAACCGUUGAGAUCAUGACUAGUUUAAUUGACCAACUGGUUUAGUGUUUUAAUCAUAAUUUUAAAAAAACUAUAACUUGAACUAAUAUCAUCCAACCCUAAUUACUCAUUUUAAUUCCAGUUCGUCUUCUUCACUUUGCACUUCCUUUUCUAUUUCUGUGAUCCGCUACCCAUUAUAGUAUUUUAAUCAUAAAAACUGAGAUUUUGUGUAGAAGCGUUUUAGUGACCUAGAAACGUAAAUCGUAAGUUUUUAAGUUUUAAAGCGGGAUUUUAACUUCAUUGAUCCUAAUUACUAACUUGAGUUUGAUAACAAUUUUGUAUGAUUUCAUUUAUGAGAGGGUUUGGAUGAUACAUUAUAAAUUUUGGUGAUAAAUGAUAUAGGUUAUAAAUUAUUUAUAGUUAGUGACAAAAUUUCAUCAUAAAUUAGUAUAUUAUAUAUGCCGCCUUUUUUACAUUGAUUCAGACAUAUUUAUACAUGUUUUACUCCUUUAUAUCUUGAUUGUUUGACUUGGUAAUUGUUGUUUUUCGACCUAUUUUACGCUAGGUUGUGCUUCUUUUUAUCACAUUUUAGGUCCUAGUACGUGUAGGAAGGUUGGGGACGAGUUUCAGGACAAUUAGGGAUCAAAAUGCCCCAAAUGUUGAAGAAGAGGUGAAGAUCACGACCUGAACUCAAAUAUCACGACCCCAGACCGUGUGAAAAUGGCAACAAGGGUGUGAAGUCGGCAAGGUUCCAGAAGAAGAUGACCAUCUCGCGGGCAGGUCUGAGAUCACGGUCGCAGGCUGUGAUCUUUGCAAAUGAGGCCAUGAACAUUGGCCACGACUGCAGUGUUAACAGAUGAGAUCACGACCUAGCUGUUGAGAUAAGGAGAGCUUGAUUUUUAUUUUAGGGUUUUGAUCCAAAACACCAAAGUGGCAUUUCUAGAGAGAGAGAGAGAGAGAGAGAGAGAUAGAUCUUGGAGCUUGAUUGGGGGCUUGAGUUGAUCUUGGAGUCAAGGAUUCAAGCCUAGAAGAUGAAGAUCUUGAGCUAUUUUGUAAUCUCUCUCUUCUCUUUAUGAAUUCGCCUUUUUCUCUUAGGUUGAAGAAUCCCAUGUCUAGAUUUUGAUUAGAUGUUGAUGUAUGUGACAAAUCCUAUGUUUGAUUGUUCAUAUUAUCUAUUUGAUGGAUGUUUAUCAUGGAUUGCAUGAGUUUUGAUUCUAUCUCAUGUCAAUUAAGAUUUUCAUCUAGGUGGGAGAAGAUCCCCCCUAUUUGCCCAUUCUGGAAAUUAGGAUCACUCCUCAUCUAUGUCGUCCGAGUAAUCCUCCGAGGGAGUCAAUUCGAUCAUUUUCCUAGGUUGAAUAGAGCACCUAUCAAUCCAUCACUUCACCAUUCCGGGACAUUCCUAAGAGAGUUGAUCGCCUAACGGUAUGGAUAACGAGUCAAUCGACCUAUGAUGGUACACAACAUCGGUCUAAAUGAUGGAACUACGACGAUUCAAGCUAAGAGAGCUCCAAACUUGUAAUUAACUAGGGUAGAGUAGUUAGGCUAGUUAGCUUAAUCACUAUUCUAGGUUGGGUAGAUAACGAAACUUAGGCCAAAUUAAGCUACAUCUAGGGACCUGUGGUUCGAUAAUUUUAUUACUUGCUUACCCUAUACUACACCCAAUCGUUGGUUAAACUUGACCUUCGAUUGAGAAGUUGUAGUUAGAGCGAGCCAUACAUUGUAUGAAUGAUUAUAUCAAUGGUUAAUCAAUAAUUUUAUAAUAAUUACCCAAUAAAUAAUAAAUCACUAUAACUUAUACAAAACCAACCAAAACAUAGACCAAAAGGUUCUGUAUUAACUAUUAAGGCUACGAGGCAUUGUACAGAAAAGCUAAGCCCAGAUCCAGAACUGAAAAGCCCAACUAAUUUCCGAGUGCUGCACGGAUGACAAAAUCUUUUUUUUCUUUUUUCUAACGAAUGCACAAUUUCAAUCUUUCGCUUCCCCUGUAAGAGAGACACAGAUUAAGAAGAGAGAAAACUGAGAAAAUUCAAACCGCCGGAAGGACUCUUGGGAUUCUCUGAAUCUCCAUUGCCUUUAGCUUUUGCUUCCAUCCACAAUCUAACAAGCAAACAACGGCAACUGAUGACCCGACUCGUUAAACGCGAGCCCGGCACCGGACCCGUGAAACCCGAGCCCGGCGCCGGCCCCGACAAUGCGGCCGCCGUCGACUUGAGUGACUGCAGAGUUCUCCGUUCUCAGUACCAUACUGUCCAGAAUCUCAUCCAAGAUGAAGCAGACGACAUCGGAAGCGCGGAAUCCAACAAGUUCAACACCAUCUUCAACCAGCUCCAGAGCUUGCACGAGCGAGUGACCAGACCGAGGGAGCAAUUGGCUGAUGCAGAGGCUCUGUUGGGGAUUACAAGUUCGUUGGUGAAAGGAGCCAAGAUCAAUUCCAACGCCAUUACGCCUUCCAAGUUCAUCGAUUUCGUACUUAGAGACUUUGGCAGAGUGCAGCACUACAGGCAUGGUGAUCGAAAGAGAUCGUCUGUUAAUUGGCAGAAGAUUGGUGUUUCAGUGUCUCAUAUAUUCAAGCCCUUUCGAGGAUGCUCCACAAUGGUUGGCACAAACAGUGCAGUGAAGCAGAGGAAGCCUGCAGCUAGGAGAGGCCGGCGACCCAGCGAAAAAUCUGCCUUGCCGAAACAGGUCGAUCCUCACGUCGAGGAACAGGAGAAGACGGGCACGACGGAUGAAACUAUGCUGACCAUGUUCAGUAUCUUGAGGAAGGAGAGGAAGGUGGAUCUUGAACACCUGAUACUGAACAGUAGCUCGUUUUCGCAGACGGUGGAGAAUUUGUUUGCAUUGUCGUUCCUUGUAAAAGACGGAAGGGUCGAGAUUCAAGUUGAUGAUGAAUCUGGUCGCCAUAUAGUCUCUCCGAGGAAUGCACCAUCAGCCACUAUGAUUGCUUCCGGCGAUGUUUCUUACCGGCAUUUUGUCUUCAAAUUCGACUACAGUGAUUGGCAGUUGAUGUGCUCUUCAGUCGGGGUUGGAAAGGAGCUGAUGCCACAUAGGACUCAAGAAGCCAGCUCUGCUGACUAGAAUCUCAAGGUGCAUAAUUGUAGAUUAUUCCCAAGUUUAUGCUCUGCAGAAAGCUUCACUACCAAACAAAGUUCCAUGCUAAAGAUGCAAAGCUCUUUGUUCGCUCUCUGUUCGAUUCAACUGAAAUCAGCUCUC